GGGACGUGACGUCACGUGCAAAGGGUCAAUAGCACACGCCAACAGGAAACUGGUAUGACCGCUGCAGAAGAAACCGGAAGUCAGUGGACUACAGUUAUGCACAGUCUAUUGGUCGGACGACUGCGGCUGAACUGAACCUAUCUUGAUUACGCAACGCCUGUUGGCGCGAGACUUCGGAUUGCGAGGAGAGAGAGUGUUGCUGAAAAUGCUGAACACCAGCAGCACCGUCCUUACGCCGCGGUGCUGAGCACGACAGCCACACUUGCUGCUGGAACUGGGAAGUUACACGUCUGGCUAACUGACUUUUUGGUUAAUUUUUACUCAACCUGUCCAGCGGUCGCCAAGGAUUUGGCUGGCGUAACUGCGGAUACGCUAAGUUAGCAGCUACGCACAGCUAGCUAGUUUAUGUGGCGCUGUGGAGGAGCCAUGCUGCGGGCUUGAGAGUAGGGGACAUCAUCAUCCUGAGGUUGGUCAGCAAUAUAUGGACUUAUUCAUGAUGAAUUGUGAACUCUUAGCAACAUGCAGUGCCCUAGGGUACCUGGAGGGAGAAACCUACCACAAAGAAUCUGAUUGUUUAGAGAGUGUGAAAGACUUGAUUAGAUAUUUACGGCAUGAGGAUGAUACACGUGACAUCCGCCAGCAGUUGGGAGCAGGCCAGAUACUACAAAAUGAUCUUAUUCCAAUUAUAAUCCAGCAUGGGCAAGACAAACAGCUGUUUGAUGCCUGCAUCAGGCUCAUGGUCAACCUUACCCAACCUGCUAUACUUUGCUUUGGCAAAAUCCCUGAAGACCCAGUUUUUAGACAUCACUUCUUACAAGUGAUGUCACAUUUGCAGGCCUAUAAAGAGGCAUUUGCCAGUGAGAGCGUAUUUGGGGUUUUUAGUGAGACGUUGUACAACCUUCUACAACUGGACUGGGAGUCGAGGCAAGAGGAGGACAACCUGCUGAUAGAGAGGAUUCUGCUGCUGGUCAGGAAUGUGCUCCAUGUCCCUGCGGACCCUUACGAAGAGAAGAAAGUGGACGAUGAUGCCAGUGUUCAUGAUAAACUCCUGUGGGCUAUUCACAUGAGUGGUUUCGAUGACCUGGUCAAGUUUCUGGCAUCUGCUCAGCGUGAGCAGCAGUGGAGCAUGCACGUGUUGGAAAUCAUCUCCCUCAUGUUCAGAGACCAGACUCCUGAGGAAUUGGUGAGUGCUGGACAGGCUCGCUCGGACGAGGAAAAGCAGAGGGAUUCUCUGGAGCUGGAGGUGCUUAGGCAGAAAGAGCGGGCGGAGAAACGUACUCGAACGCUGGAGAGAGGAACCAGACACUCUCGCUUCAGAGGGUCCUAUGUUAUUCAGGGUCUCAAGUCCAUUGGAGACAAAGACGUCAUCUAUCACAGAGGCCUUCAUAAUUUCAAAAAUUAUACCCACGACCAGGGAAAAGCUGUGAGACGUGUUCACAAGAGGAAUCAAAAGGCCGCAGACUGUGAGGGCAAGCGCCGCUCAGCCCUGAAUGUGCGUCUUUUUCUCCGCGAGUUCUGUGUCGACUUCUUGGAGAACUGCUACAACUGUCUGAUGUUCCUAGUGAAGGAGAGCCUGGUUCGGGAGCAGACUCAGCAGCACGAUGAGACCUACUACCACUGGGCACUCAGCUUCUUCAUGGCCUUCAACAGGGGCAACGGCUUCCGUGCUGAUUUAGUCUCUGAGACCAUGUCAAACCGUGCUUUCCAUUAUAUCGAGCGCAACAUCACCAACUACUACGAGAUGAUGCUGACUGACCGUAAAGAGGCCACGUCAUGGUCCCGCAGGAUGCAUCUGGCGCUGAAAGCAUAUCAAGAGUUGCUGCUAACGAUAAAUGAGAUGGACCGUUCCCGUGAUGAAAGCAUCCGACAGAGUUCUGAUGUCAUCAAAAGUAACAUCUUUUACCUGAUGGAAUACAGGGAGAUUUUCCUUACCUUGCUACGGAAGUUUGAUGAAACUAAACAACCACACUCCUUUCUAAAAGACCUGGUGGAGUCCACCCAUCUCUUCUUGCGCAUGCUGGAACGCUUCUGCAAGGGGCGCAACAACUUAAUGGUGCAGAGGAAGAGGGUGAAGCGGAAGAAGCCGCGGGGCCAAAAACAACCAUCAACCUCAGAACCUAACCAAGAAGCCCUGGAGGAAACCUGGAAGAUCGUGGCAGAGGAGUUGAAGACCAGUGGCUUCCAGCUGUCAGAGGUGGUAAUAGAAAACUUGGUGCCAUUUGAUGCUGCGUCCGAGACUCCCCUCGAGGAACAGCGGACAGAAGCUAUGGUGCGCAUGCAGGAUGCCCUGCUAGCCAAACUGGGACCAGAGGCCCUUGGACUGCUGCGCGCCGCCAGAGAGGUAUGGCCAGAGGGAGACGUGUUUGGUUCAGCUGACGUGGAACCAGAAGAAGAAUUGGAAAUCCUAAAGCAGAUCCUAUAUGCCAAACUGCCAAGGUCGGAUCCCCCUGAGAUGGAGGAGGAAGAGGAUGCAGUAGAAUUUGAAGAGGAGGAGUUGGAAUCAGUUCAAGUGUCUGAAGCAGAAUUUAAUUUCCUGGAAUUUAUCAAGAGGUUUGCCAACCCCAACAUUGUGCGUCCAUACCUACUCCUACUGAGAUCUUACUCACAAAACUCGUCUCACACAAACCACUGUAUCACUCGUAUGCUACACCGUCUGACAGUUGACCUGAAGAUGGAGGCCCUGCUUUUCCAGCUGUCAGUCUUCUGGCUCUUCAACAAGAUUCUGAACGAUCCUGCUGCGGCCGCUUACAAGGAACUGGUGACCUUUGCCAAGUUUGUGCUACAUCAUUUCUUUUUACUAGCAGCAAAUAACAACAAGGCGUAUGUAGAACUGCUCUUCUGGAAGAACGUAGGGGCUGUACGUCAGAUGACUGAAGGCUACAGCAAAGAUGGAGAGGGAUCGAAGACAAAUGCAACAUGGACUGAGGAGGAGGAGGAGGAAUUGCGUAAGCUGUAUGAGGAGCACCAAGACGCUGAAGUGCCAGACAUAGUGGAGAUGCUGCUGCCAUUACUAAGCAACAGUAACCGCACACGUCGUCAGGUAGUGGUACAGUUGGUACGCAUGGGCCUGGUGGACAGCGCCAAAGAACUAAAGAAACAGAGGAAAGGUACCCAGAUUGUUCUUUGGACAGAGGAGCAAGAACAAGAGCUGCACAUGCUGUAUGAGGAAUACAGAGACUCUGACAAUGUGCUGGGUGAUAUCCUCAAGAAGCUCACAGCCAAGCGCUCCCGUGGCCGUGUGGUGGACAAGCUGCUCAGCAUGGGCCUGGUCUCUGAGAGACGGGAACUUUACAAGAAGAGAAGCAGCAGUGCCCGGGGAAAGAGCUCUGCAACGGGAAUGACUGAAGAGGAGUUCCUUGCUGACUUAAAAGGUCUGACAGAAGAUCCUAUGGGUGAAGAUGAGGAGUUGGAGGAAGAGGAUGAAUUUGAGGGGAGUGAGGAAGAGGGAAAUGAGCAGGAGAGAAAAGCUUCAGGAGGUGGGGGAAGGAGGAGCAAAAGCUUUGAUCCCACAGUGGGAAAAACUGCAGACAUAGGCAUCAUGGUGCAUGCCUUACAAGAGGAAGGGAUGUCAGGACCCUUGGUGUGGUUGCAGAAUUGCCUGAAUAGAACAGCAGAUGACCGUGAAGAUGAUGGCUUAUCUCAGCCUGUACCACUUGUGCCUCUUACGGAAGAGAACGAAGAUGCCAUGGAGAAAAAGAGCUUCCAGAGGCUACUGCGCAAACUGGGUCUACGUGCACCAGCAAAUGAACAGGAGUACUUUUGGAGGAUUCCAGCAAAGAUGAAACCUUCCCAGCUAAGGGGAGCAGCUGCAGCCCUAAGCCCCAAAGAAGAGGUUUUUCAAGUGGAUGAGGAGCGAGAGGGUCCCAGAGACCCUACCAAAGAGUUCCAUGAGGAGCAAGUCUCAGGGGAAGAGAGAACUCAGGCUCUCAGGGCUCUGCUGCUUGCACGCAAGAAAAAACAUCCCUCAGGUACACAUAGAGGUUCCACUCUUGCUGAGGAUUCAGAGUCAGAGAGUGCACUUAGGAGUUCCCCACCAAAGACUUCACUUAAAAGAAGCAGAGUGUUGGACGAUGAUGAUGAUGAUGAUGAUGAUGACAUGGAGAAUGCAGAAGACUCUCCCGCCAUAAUGGAUCUGACCAAUGACAGAGACGCAGACUCAGACAGGGAGGCUGUAACCGCUCCUGCCAAACGUCGACGAAAGAUGGCCCUAAUUGAUGAUGAUGAUGAUGAUGAUGAUGAGUAGGAGGAGGAGGAGAAUGGUUAGACAAACCUGAAAUGGGUUGCAAAUACUAAACCUUAUGAAAGGUGGAGUUAACCACAUCUCUUCCCUCAGAGGAGGCUAUUUCCACUAGAGCUGAGCCCCAAGGCUGGAGAAGGACAAAAAUCCACGGUUUACAUCCAUGUUGCCCUCCUCAUGCAUCCAUGUUGCCCUUCCGUUCAUCCACAGUUCACAUCCGUGUUGCCCUCCUCAUGCAUCCAUGUUGCCCUUCUGUUCAUCCACAGUUCACAUCCGUGUUGCCCUCCUCAUGCAUCCAUGUUGCCCUUCUGUUCAUCCACAGUUCACAUCCAUGUUGCCCUCCUCAUGCAUCCAUGUUGCCCUUCCGUUCAUCCACAGUUCACAUCCAUGUUGCCCUCCUCAUGCAUCCAUGUUGCCCUUCCGUUCAUCCACAGUUUGCAUCCAUGUUGCCCUCCUCAUGCAUCCAUGUUGCCCUUCUGUUCAUCCACAGUUCACAUCCAUGUUGCCCUUCCGUUCAUCCACAGUUUGCAUCCAUGUUGCCCUCCUCAUGCAUCCAUGUUGCCCUUCUGUUCAUUGACAGUUCACAUCCAUGUUGCCCUCCUCAUGCAUGUGUGUUUCUCAUGUUGGGUUUAUAAUUCUGGGUGAAACUCGUGUAGUAAAUCAGAAGUUUUAUGAGAGAAGUGUAACUUUGGCUCUUCAUUUUUUUUACCAAGAUGGUUGCAGCAAAACAUUUUGAUCACCAGAGGGCUCAUUGAUGAUAAAUAAUGGCAUAUUUGUUCCUCUACUGAAUUUGGAUGAGAAUAAAAACAUACUUGA